CUGAUAGAUGGCAGUAAAUAUUUUUAUCGUAUAAUAAAAUUAGAACCUCAAUCUUUAUCAGUUUUGUAUAUAACUAUUAUAAGUGAUGUAUGUAUUUUGAUACAAUAACUACUUAUUUAAUUUUUUACAUAUCAAACAUGUCUGAGAAUAAAAAGAUUAUACUUGUAACUGGUGGAACAGGACUAGUUGGUAGAGCUAUUGAAAAUAUUAUUGAAACAAAUAAAAAUGAAAAUGAAAAAUGGAUAUUUGUAGGUUCUAAAGAUGCAAAUUUAUGUGAUAAAGAAAGUACAGAAAAAUUAUUUAAAAAAUAUAUGCCUACACAUGUUAUUCAUUUAGCUGCUAUGGUUGGUGGUCUAUUUUAUAAUAUGUCACAUAAUUUGGAUUUUUUGCGCAAUAAUAUUCAUAUGAACGAUAAUGUAUUACAAACAGCUCAUGAACAUGAUGUUGUCAAAAUAAUAUCAUGUUUGUCAACUUGUAUAUUUCCUGAUAAAACAACAUAUCCUAUUGAUGAAUCUAUGGUUCACAAUGGGCCACCUCAUCCAUCAAAUUAUGGUUAUAGUUAUGCUAAGCGUCUUAUAGAUAUUCAAAAUAGAGCCUAUUAUGAACAAUAUGGUAGAAUUUAUACUAGCAUUAUUCCAUGCAAUGUAUUUGGUCCAAAUGAUAAUUUUCAUCCUAGUGCUAGUCAUGUUAUACCAGGCUUAAUGCGUAGACUUUAUGAUUUGAUAAAAGAUGGAAAUACAGAAGAUAAAGAAUUUACUGUAUUAGGUUCUGGGAAACCAUUAAGACAAUUUAUUUACAGUUUAGAUUUAGCUAAAUUAAUAAUAUGGGUUUUAAGGGAAUAUAACUCUGUGGAACCAAUCAUAUUAUCAGUUGAUGAAUCUCAAGAAGUUACAAUUUCUCAAGUAGCUGAAUCAAUUGCCCAAGCUUUUAAUUUCAAAGGAAAACUGAUAUAUGACACAUCUGCAGCUGAUGGACAAUAUAAAAAAACGGCAAAUAAUGGAAAAUUACGAAAAUAUUUGCCUGAUUUUCAAUUUACACCAUUCAAUCAAGCUAUUAAAGAUACUGUUGAUUGGUAUAUAGAGAAUUAUGAUCGCGCGAGAAACUAACGGGAGCUAAUUAUUAAUUUAAUAUUCCAUUUAAAUAAAUUUGGCUGUGUAUAAAAUAAAAAAAAAGAAAGUUAUAUUGCUUCAGGUAUAUAUUCUGUAAUUCAAUGUAAUAUAAUAUAAACGAUGUUUAA